UGCUGUGUCCUGCUGAUUUUAAUCCUAACUCAUUAAGGAACUGAGAGCAAGUGCCUGUGUGAGUCCWCCAGGGAGAAGAGAGAAAGUGGCUUGAGAAGGAAGGAACAAUCCAUUAAGGGAGAUAAGUGGACUUAUUUCACAGCUUGUGGGACACACACAAAAAAAGGGUUUUGAUUUUCAUUUCAGUUUGGAUUUUCAGUCUCAUGCCUACUUCCCCUUGUUUUUCCUAAACCUCUCUGCUCGCUGUCUCGACGCGCGGCCUGGCCAAAGCAUGCCGACUAACGGAAUUAACCGGGCUCUGAAGCUGCAGUUUGGUCUAAUUAACUAUGGGAACCGCUACCUGACGGCUGAGGCCUUCGGCUUCAAAGUGAACGCCUCAGGCGUCAGUUUGAAGAAGAAACAAAUCUGGACCUUGGAACAGGACGAACAGGAUGGUCAAGUGGUCUUCCUGCGCAGCCACUUGGGACGUUAUCUGGCGUCUGACAAAGAUGGGAAGAUCACAUGUGGGGCGGAGAAGCCUGACCCUGAAUGCCGGUUCCUUAUCGUGCCCCAGUCUGAUGGUCGCUGGGCGCUCCAGUCAGAACCGUACCAGCGUUACUUCGGCGGCUCUGCUGACUAUCUGUCCUGCUUUGCUCAGGCCAUCGGCGAGCAGGAGCUGUGGGCCGUUCAUCUGGCCCUACACCCACAGGCCAGCCUCCUCAGCGUGGCUCGGAAACGCUAUGCCCACCUGUCCGCCUCCGACGGGGAGAUCUCAGUGGACAGCAACAUCCCCUGGGGGGUGGACUCUCUGGUGACCUUGGUGUACCAGGAGGGCAAGUACAGCCUGAAGACCUGCGACAGCCGCUUCCUCAGCAACGACGGCAAACUGGUGAAGGAGAACAACAGCACCACCAGCUUCACGCUGGAGCUGAAAUCUGGCAAACUGGCCUUUAAGGACUGCGAUGGGAAAUACCUGACCCCAGUGGGCCCCACAGGAACGCUGCGCUCCGGCCGAUGCUCUAAGCCUGGAAAAGACGAGCUUUUCGAUCUGGAGGAGAGUCACCCACAAGUAGUUUUUCAAGCUGCUAAUAAAAGAUUUGUUUCAGUCAAACAAGGAGUGAGCAUCUCAGCCAAUCAGGAUGUGGAGACAGACAUGGAGACUUUCCAGAUGGAGAUAGACAAGGAGAGUAAAAAGUCUAUGUUCAGGACCAACGGAGGAUCCUACUGGACUUUAGUGACUCACGGAGAGAUCCAGUCCACUGCCACAGAUGUAGAGGUCAACACAAUGUUUGACAUUGAGUGGCGAGGACACAGGGUUGCACUCAAGGCAAGCAAUGGGAAGUAUGUGUGCACAAAGAAAAACGGGCAGCUCUCAGCGGUCAGCGACGCAGUGGGUGAUGACGAAUUACUCCUGAUGAAACUCAUUAACCGCCCGAUGCUGAUCCUCCGUGGAGAGAAUGGCUUCGUGUGUCACCACAAGAACUCCAACACUUUGGAUGCCAAUCGAUCCGUCUAUGACAUCUUCUCAUUGAUCUUCAACAACGGAGCCUACAACAUAAAAAGCGUGAAUGGAAAGUUCUGGUACGUCUCAAGCAGUKGCCUUGCGAACUCAGACGGAGAAAAGUCAGAGGACUUUUUCCUCGAGUUUCCAGAACACGGACGCAUCGCCAUCAAGGGCUCCAACGGCAAGUAUCUUCGUGGCGACCAGGGAGGCACGCUAAUGUGUGACGGUGCAUCAAUCGAUGCAUCGUGCCUCUGGGAGUACUGAUGCGUUCUCAACAAGGUCUCAAAAAGAGCAGGAUUUCAAGGAGUAAGACCUGCUUUCAUCCAAUCUAAUGAAGUGGACCAACAGCGUCACUUGCCUAUUUUUAUACUAGGAACCCAAUCCCAUGUUUUUUGAUUUUUUUUUUUAUUGGGAAAAUGUGGACAAUUUAGAAGUCAUAAACAUUUUUGUGUGCAUGUGUAUGUGCGUGUGUGUGAAUGUUAGAUGUCAUCGAGGUGACAACAAAUUGCUUUUAUCAAAUGAAACUCACGGUUUGGAAAUGUUUAAUGUUUUCAGUGAGCUUUAAGAAUAUUCAGAAACUUUCAGAAACGUAUUGCUCUGUAAGCAUGUUACACAUCAGACUCGGCAGACAUCAGGAUCUCCCUUGUUCAAAUUUUGUAAACUUUCCUUUGAGGUUGGCAUUUUUUUCAUACAUGUUCAAUAGAAAAUCAGCACUGAAGCAAAGCAAAAAUACAUAGAAAACACAGUAAAUACUUGAGCUAGUAGGCGUUUUAUUUAUCCAAAUGGGUCAGUUACAGCUUUCGUAAAAGAGCAAAAGAAAAUGACACACAACUUUGUAAUACUGAGAAUAUACAAUAAAUCCACAAAUGACAAGUUAAGUUUGCAGAAAAUGUUGUCCAGAAAUGUUUGGCCCAAAACAUACAUUCGCAUUAGCAAACAAAGAGAUCAGGAAUAAGCAAUAAACCAAAAACGAGCAAACUUAAUGUACUUGCUGAGAGGUCUGAAAGUGCUUCUGCCUGGAGGCCUUAUCCACUCAUAAUUUUUAUAGAUACCUUUAUGUUGCGAGUGGGUGGUAAGAGUUAAAAGAAAAAAACAUAUGAGUUUUUUAAUACAUAUAUAUAUUUUUGAAACUCAGCAAAAUGGCUUACAUCUGACAGUGCAUUUUAUGCACAAAAAUUGUUGGACAACAUAAAACUCCCAAGAAGGCUUCAAAUAUUUUUUGAAUAUAAAACAUGAAAUGCAGCCCGCUACGAGUUCUACUUUGUAAGUAAACAGCWCCCUCUCUAAAGAUAAAAACCACAGUGGCAGAGCUGAUUUUUCUUCAAGCCAAGAACACCUAAGUGAUAAGAAUAAUUCUUAUCUUCCCAACACCUCCUCAAAGUGACAGUUCCUCUGCAAAUAGAUAAAUAGCUUCCUGUUGACUUUCAGUCAGCACAAGUCGUGUGUAUCGACUGAACGGACUAUUCCUUSGAAUCUGCCGCUCUAAUAAAGACAAAGACUUUAUUAGCAUUGAUCUUUCAUCUUCAGCACACAGGACAGUCUAAUAAUUGGUAUAAUUACCCCUUUAGAUUUCRCCACUUGUUUUCUUGUCAGUAUUUAAAUCACRGUAGUACCCGAGGAAUGUCUAAAAGAGUAUUUCUUACGAGUGCAAUCCACAAUUAAUUAAUAAAUUUUGGCAACACUGUGUAAAAAUGCUUGGUUAAUCAUGUAACCUGUAUUAGACCUGCUAGAACGUCUGGCCAUAUUUUAGAAUUGAUUUUGUUCAUACAGUUAUGUUCUGUUUUGGGUUUCUGAUAAGAUUUAUAAAACAUUGACAAUAAA